UGAGACGGUGAGUGUUCGGAAAUACGUGACGGGUAUGAAUUUAUUUGUUUCGAUGGACUAUGAAUGUUAAACUAAUGUAUGUAUAAAAGCCAAAGUGGCCCGGCGCUGUAAGAAGAAAAUUAUUUUUAGAACGUGCAUAUAUACACUGGGAACAUUAUGUGUUCGGUUCGUAAUGACUGUUUUCGUGUAAAUCGUGAUUGUUUGGUUAAAAUAUGUCGUGUACGUGAAUUGUACAUUUAUUCGGUUUGUGUGAAAUGAAUUUAUUUGGAAGUUCAAGAGUUUUCCAUAGAGUUUUCGAGAAAAAAGAACAGGCUUUCGUCGCAUGCGUGGCCACUAUAUUUUGACUACAUUAAGUCAUGUAACGAAGAAACGCAAAAAAUAGACUGGCUUUUCGGAACACGGCAUGGACGUUCGGUGGACAGCAUUCUUCACGACAUUUAUGCCUUUGCUGUCGUGUUUCUUUGACAUUACAGUGACAUACAAGCAAGAAAGGGUUUGUUAUUUUCCCGAACGAUGGGAGGGAGAGUGGUUUCAGUCUGGCGUUCGGCAAUCCAUUGUUAUUGAUGGACCUCGGCUAAGCAGCAAAGGUCGAUGCCUAGACUCUGAUGGAGAUAAGUUCCUAGUUGUAGAUGAUAAGAGGGCGUGCUAUCGCUGUGUAGUGAUUCACGAAAAACACGCCAACGUGCUGCAGUACAAAGAAACUUUUUGUCAUCCACGAACUUCGCUGGCCUCACUAUGUAGUUUCAUAACAGGCGACGCCCUCCUGUAUUCAAUGUUUCGGGUUGGUGCCAUUCCGGUACCUUGCCCUUUUCGAGGACCUUUCGUGUUUACCUACAACCGGGGUCACGGUGAAUGCCGAUCGCCAGUGUCCAGCGUUGACGCCUGUACAGAAGAAAGUCGGUUGUUACUCAGUUAUCAGGCAUGUCCAGACGUGCAUGGAUCAGAAAGCACUGUGGAGGAGCUCCAGUGCCUGGCGGCGUGGAAGGAAGGAAGUGCGCGCUAUCUCGUCGGAAAAGUCCACCAUAAUCAUGCCACGUCUAACGAGGACCGUUUCAGGUGCUUUGUGUAUGAGAAAGCGUCCACAAAGUCCGAAGCGAUAGACGGAAUUGAAUUCCGAGUGGCGCAGAGUGGCGACGCCACGUGUAACGGACUGUUCAGCGCGACCGAGGGCAGCAGGACGAUAACUCUCAAAAGGGUUCCCUCGCCGAGCGACUGCCGUUUCCCAUCAUGGCUGGCGGGCUUGAAUCACUGGCACUCUCUAGAUUACUCCAUUACCUACAGCUUUCAUCAUCGGAACUCAACACUUAAGAUAACCAACUCGUCCGGAUUCGAAAUGCGCAUAGUUUGCACCCAAAUAAAACCGACGACCAGGGAAAACUCCGCCAUGUUGCUGACACAUUUUACCAGAGGAUGUGAAAGUGGUUUUAUGUGUAUGCUGUUCCAACGGCGGGAUAUCUACGUUGUCGAGGUCCAAGUGGGGGCUCAGACGAAACGCUCUGAAGACGCUUGCGCUGCUCCUUACUUCAACAAGUCGAAUAUACCUUACACAACAUUAGUCA